AUGGAAGCAAAGUUUCAGUUGAGAGAUGACCAAGACGCACCUGUUCUCCCAAGGAGUCCGGUGCCAGGCUCCCCACCUCGACCAAGGAGGAGGAUCGAGUCACGUAGCCUAUCUCGCGAAUCUAAGCCAGCAUCUCUCAAGCUUACCAUCAGCAACGGUUCAACAGCGACUGUGCCCCCUACCCCAGCAUUCCCAGCACGAUCAGAGUCUCUCCCUUCUUCAGCAAUAGAGGAGAAAGAUCUUCCACCUCCACCACCUGCAAAGUCCGAGAGGCGGAAGUCGGUUAAGCAGUCUGAUGCGGGAAGCCAAUCGUCAAGGCCAGCGACGGAUCUCGCGAGAAACGAUUCGCUUCUUUCCCAAGGCGAAAGCAGAGACUCUACGGAGACGUCUACUACAACCACAUCAUCGGUUAUUGGGCGCAAAGCAGUACCAGACCAAGGUCUCAAAAAGUUCAAAAGUCUGGCAGAACUGAAUAACGGACCGCGAGGAAGGAAGGGCGCUCCAAUGCCCCCCACAUCAGCGCCCAGAACUUUGAGCGUUGAUAGCCAGCGAUCAAAUGCUGUCUCAAGGAAAGGCAGUGUCGACAGUCAAGCAAACAUGCCCGAGGCUGCCGCACCUCAGCCCGCCGAAAAGCUACGAAAGACGGAAGCAGAGCUCCCACCGACACCGGGGGAAGAACAAGACACCAGGGUCCCUGUACCACCUAAGAAAGUCUUCACGGGUCUUCCCUCAAACCCUCGUAUCAAAGCCCCGGCAUCGCCCCUUCACUUCCGCGGCAAAAGCAGCACAGGCUUCAAUGUCUUGAAGGCAAUGAGGCCGGCUCCUCCAAUCCCCACGAUGGAAUUGCACACCAUUACGCCUGAGAUGACACCUUCCCCGACGUUGAAGCCAGUCCUAGCAAAGAAGGAUGCUGAGAUCUCUCCGGUUUCCCCACUGCCACCACCAAAAGAUGAGAGGCGGCCUUUUAGCUUCGAACCUGCUGUUGCCACCACUGAGACCAAGCAAAAGUCAACAGAGCAGGAAGAAUACCUCGCAAUGUCGGAAUUACCACUUCAAAGCACCACUCCACCAGCUGAGACCCGACUACCCAUGCGCACCACAUCACUAGACCCACCCGAACCAUCCCCGGGCUUCCAACGACCCACAAGUGCCCCAUCAUCCCGCCCAACAUCAUCCGACCUCCAAGAUUACAACCUCUCCCCCUUCCCAGGACCUUCCCCCAUGGGCUGCAUGGUGUGCCAUGAGAACGACAAAGAUAGGAAGUGGGCGUGCAGAGACUUGGGAACGCUGAUACAGAAGAGAGAGAAGGGGGAGGUCAUGGCGCCGGGAAUGAAGCUCAAGGAAGACAGGUUUACGAUGGUUGUUGAGGACAUUGAUGGUGAGGAAAGGGGAGAGGGAAUGGAUAGUGAAGGUGUUGCGUAA